GGAGUGUCCCGGAGGCUCGCCGCCCUGCGCGCCCGAGCAGAGGGAAGCCGACCCCGGCGCUGACAUGGGCCUCCAGCCCCGCGCCCGCCCGCAGCCCACGGAGGGGACAGCGCAGCCGCGCCGGCCGGGCGCCAGCAUCUCCGGGGACCCAGCCCUAUGAUCUCCUGGUCACCCCGCCCACCUGCCGGACUUCAUAUCUGACCCCCGACCCGCCUGCUGCCUCCGGAGCCCCCCCGGCCCGCCCCCCAGCAAGAUGCCCAUCCUCAAGCAGCUGGUGUCCAGCUCGGUGCACUCCAAGCGCCGCUCCCGCGUGGACCUCACGGCCGAGAUGAUCAGCGCCCCUCUGGGCGACUUCCGGCACACCAUGCACGUGGGCCGGGCGGGCGACGCCUUUGGGGACACGUCCUUCCUCAACAGCAAGGCCGGCGAGCUGGACGGUGAGUCCCUGGAUGAGCAGGCCUCCUCCUCGUCCUCCAAACGCAGCCUCCUGUCCCGGAAGUUCCGGGGCAGCAAGCGGUCGCAGUCGGUGACCAGGGGGGACCGGGAGCAGAGGGACAUGCUGGGCUCCCUGCGGGACUCGGCCUUGUUCGUCAAGAACGCCAUGUCCCUGCCCCAGCUGAACGAGAAGGAGGCGGCCGAGAAGGGCUCGGGCAAGCUGCCCAAGAGCCUGUCGUCCAGCCCCGUGAAGAAGGCGAGCGCCGGGGAGGGCGGCCAGGAGGAGGCGGGCGAGGGGGAGCUCGGGCCCCGGCGGAACGGGGCCGCCGCGCCCCACUCCCCGGACCCCCUCCUGGACGAGCAGGCCUUCGGGGACCUGACGGAGCUGCCCGUCGUGCCCAAGGCCGGCCUGGGCCUCAAGCACGCCGAGUCCAUCAUGUCCUUCCACAUUGACCUGGGGCCGUCUAUGCUGGGCGACGUCCUGAGCAUCAUGGACAAGGAGGAGUGGGAAGCGGACGACGAGGACGGCGGUUACCGCGACGACGGGGACGCGGCCCUCAGCACCCUGGCGCCGGCUCCCCCGGGGGCCGCGGCGGCCGCGGCGAUCCCUCCCCGGGCCAGGCCGGAGGGUGCGACAGGCCGGGACCUGCCCCAGGACGAGGGGUGGGCGGCGGCCCCCAGCCCCGGCUCGGCCCGCAGCGACGGCAGCCACACCACGCGGGACAGCAGCUCCCUGUCCAGCUGCACCUCGGGCGUCCUGGACGAGCACAGCCCCGCGUCCCGGGGACCCGACCGGGCCCGCGCCCCGCUGCCCCGGCAGCCCGACAAGGAGUUCUCCUUCAUGGACGAGGAGGAGGACGAGGAGAUCCGCGUGUGAAGGGCUCCGGCUCCCCCCGGCCCCCGGGCCACCGUCCCCUUCCCGGCCCCAGCAGACCCUGGACCUCCCGGCACCUCCUGGAUGGACGGACGGACGGACGGACGGACAGAUGAGAGGCGCUGGCCGGGGUUGCACGGUGCAGCCAGCCUCCCGAGCGCCGCGGGACAGGCAGGUGCUUGCGGGGGGACCCGCUGUCCCUCUCCUCUGCCCCGGCCUCAGAUGGAUGCCAGACAUCAGCCCGGUUCCCUCCUGGUGCGGCGGCCCCUGCAGGUCGGCCCAGGGCGGGCCGGGUGCCACUGCCAAGGACACGUGGCUCGCCUUUCCCCUCUUGGCGUUUCUGCUGUGACUGUGGCCGUGUGGCAGGAGGAAGGGUGGCCACGGGCCCCGGCCCCUCCGUCCCUCGUCCCCGGCUCCCCUGGAGCAAAGCCGGACCGCAUGUGUGCACUAAACGCAGCCCCUUCCCGGGGAAGAGAACGGGAUGGGGAACGAAAGGAGGCCCCAGGCUUCUUGAAUUUUCUAGAAGGGGCCCUUUCCAGGUUGACACUAGGAACAGGCUGGGCGCUCGCUCGGUCCCUAUCGAUUUGUUGGUUCUUGUCCUGUUUAAAGCCUUGCAGAGCAAUGUCUGGAGCCGUGUUGGUCGGUCUGCCACCAGAAGCAAAAUCGAAUCCUCUUAGAAAACCUUUAUACUAAGUGCUUCCAAACUUUAUUUAGAACCAUAUGGGGUGGGUGUCCGUGCGUGUGUCUCCCUCCUCCCGCCCCAUAGCUAUUAACAGUCAAAGGCAGCCAGUGUAGAAAAUUUCUGGAAGAUGAUUUAAAAAAAAAAUAAUAAUAAUAAUAUAUCGUUCCUAUGGAGGGAUAAAGCUUUUUUGACUGAGUUACUGCCCCCAUACACACACCCACUGACUACUCCCCCCUCCUUCAGGCCUUUGUCCCAGCAGGGCCCCCUCCCCCUAUGUCCAAGCGCCCCGAGGGUAUAGGGCUGCCAGAUUUAGCAACCGAACAGAACUAGAAUGCUGAGAUAAAUUAGAAUAUCAGGCACGCAAAGGAUAAUUUUUUUAGUAUAAGUAUGACCCGCGCCCUGUUUGGAACAUACUUAUGCUUUUUUAAAAAAAAUGAUUCUUUUGAAAUUCGAAUUUUAGUCUGGUCCCGUAGCCCUGCCCCAGGGGAUGGAGUGGGAGCUUGUGUGUGUGUGUGUGUGUGUGUGUGUGUGUGUGCACGCGCCCCCAGGGUUAACUGGUGAUGAGUGUCCUGCCCUGAGGACACGCUAAACCCACCUUCUGUCCUGUCCCCUCGACGCCAGUGUGGGGGAGGGGGCAGACGGAAGGACCCCAGGAUCCAGCCCAGGGCCGGAGGGCGGAGCUACUCUAGCCUCCCAGAUUUUCCCAGGUUCUGGUCCAGACACUAACUUAGUUCCUGAAUCCAGUACCCCCACCCGCGACCCCAUCGGUGCUGUUUCCAAUAGUGUGGCUCCCACAUAGGGGAGGAAUCAGAAGGGGCUGUGUAGCCCCUGCCAGCUGCCCUUGAAACCCAUUCAGACCGUGGUCAGUUCCAGAUUCUAAACUGUAUAUUUUUUUCAUGGUAUUGUUAAAACAGUGAGGAAACAUUAAAAAAAAA